GAUAUCUUUUUCUUAAUCAGGCUUUCAGUGGGGAAAGAGGAGAAAGAUAUUAAAUAAUUAUAUGCAGAUAUGAUAAGCAGAAAGUACAAAAUGGAAAACAUAAAAAAACAUAGAACCCAGGCGUUCUUUAUCCAGACCCGUUAAUAGCCUAAAAAUCCAUAGCAAUGGGUGGGAAGCAGAGAAGUUCCUCCAGACCGUAGGUGGCGCUGCAACACCCCCAGCCGGCCAAAUAAAGGGAUACGGGAGGACGCGCUACAAAGGUCACGUGUGCUCGCAUUUACCGCCCCGGCGUUCACUCGCUCUUCGUUCCACGUGAUUCAUAUCCUCGGGGAUGAUUGGUCUGUACGAGGCACGUGGGCAGGGGCGGCUCGAGGCGGGGCGGGGCAGGGUGGGAGGAGGGGUGGGGCGGAGGGGCGGGUCUGGAGGGGGGGUGGUUCGGCGUGGGGGCCGUUGGCUCCAGACAAAUAAACAUGGAGUCCAUCUUCCACGAGAAACAAGAAGGCUCACUUUGUGCUCAACAUUGCUUGAAUAAUCUAUUGCAAGGAGAAUAUUUUAGCCCUGUGGAAUUAUCUUCAAUUGCACAUCAGCUAGAUGAAGAGGAAAGGAUGAGAAUGGCAGAAGGAGGAGUUACUAGUGAAGACUAUCGCACAUUUUUACAGCAGCCUUCUGGAAAUAUGGAUGACAGUGGUUUUUUCUCUAUUCAAGUUAUAAGCAAUGCCUUGAAAGUUUGGGGUUUAGAACUAAUUCUCUUCAACAGUCCGGAGUAUCAGAGGCUCAGGAUCGAUCCCAUAAAUGAAAGAUCAUUUAUAUGCAAUUACAAAGAACACUGGUUUACAGUUAGAAAAUUAGGGAAACAGUGGUUCAACUUGAAUUCUCUCUUGACGGGUCCAGAAUUAAUAUCAGACACAUACCUUGCACUUUUCUUGGCUCAAUUACAACAGGAAGGUUAUUCUAUAUUUGUUGUUAAGGGUGAUCUGCCAGAUUGUGAAGCUGACCAACUUUUACAGAUGAUCAGGGUCCAACAGAUGCAUAGACCAAAACUCAUUGGAGAAGAAUUAGCACAACUAAAAGAACAGAGAGUCCAGAAAACAGAUCUGGAACGAGUCUUAGAAGCAAAUGAUGGGUCAACCGUGUUAGACGAAGAUGAGGAAGAUUUGCAGAGGGCUCUGGCACUAAGUCGCCAAGAAAUUGACAUGGAAGAUGAAGAAGCAGAUCUCCGCAGGGCUAUUCAGCUCAGUAUGCAAGGUAGUUCCAGAAGUAUAUCUCAAGAUAUUCCACAGACAUCAGGUACACAUCUUACUUCAGAAGAGCUCCGGAAGAGAAGAGAAGCCUACUUUGAAAAGCAGCAGCAGCAACAGGAUCCACCGGGGCAGCUUUCACAACCAAGUGAGAGGCCGACCACAAGUUCAGGAGCACCAGGCAGUGAUCCAGGAGAUGCUAUGAGUGAAGAAGACAUGCUUCAGGCAGCUGUGACCAUGUCUUUAGAAACUGUUAGAAAUAAUUUCAAAACAGAUGGGAAAAAAUAAUACCUUUUACAAAUCAUUUAUUCAUACUUUCCAACAUUAUUAUUCUGUGUGGUUACACCAUAGAGGGUCCAUUUUAGUAAUGUGUCAAACAAUGUUCAACAGAGGAGAUAAGACUUUUAGGUGGUUUGCAACAAAAAGAUGAGAAAGUGGAAAAAUGAGUCAAUUGUAGGACUAAAUAGUGAUCCUCCACAAAGACUAGCCAAAGAGGCAUUUAGCAAUUAAAGAAAUUUAAAAU